CCCCCCUAUCUUGGGGGUUGGGCCAUGGCGGGGAUUGGGCCUUUCCUGGCUGGCGGGAUGACCCCUCACCCUCCGCCCCCCCCAGAGCCCCUCAAAAUCCACCUGGACUGCUCGGGGAAGACGGCCGAGAACACCAUCAUUGUGGUGGCGGGGAACAAGGUGCGGCUGGACGUGCCCAUCACCGGGGAGCCCGCGCCCACCGUCUCCUGGAUGAAGGGCGACCAGGUGUUCACGGACACCGAGGGCCGCGCCCGCAUCGAGGUGCACCCGGACGAGAGCAGCUUCGUGAUCGACAGCGCGGAGCGGGGCGACGAGGACAAGUACUGCAUCACCGUCACCAACCCCAUGGGGCAAGACAGCGCCGUGCUGCACAUCAAGGUGGUCGAUGUUCCCGACCCCCCCGAAGCUGUUCGCAUCACCUCUGUGGGGGAGGACUGGGCCAUCCUGGUCUGGGACCCCCCCAAAUACGAUGGGGGAAAUCCCAUCACCGGGUACCUGAUGGAGAGGAAGAAGGGCAGCAAGCGCUGGAUGAAGCUGAAUUUCGAGGUGUACGGGGACACCACGUACGAGUCGACGCGGAUGAUCGAGGGGGUGCUCUACGAGGUGCGGGUCUUCGCCGUCAACGCCAUCGGGGUGUCACAGCCCAGCCACAACACAAAGCCCUUCAUACCCAUCGCCCCCACCAGCGAGCCGACCCACCUCACGCUGGAGGAUGUGACCGACACCACGGCCACCAUCAAGUGGCGCCCGCCCGACCGGCUGGGGGCCGGGGGCAUCGACGGUUACCUGAUCCAGUACUGCCUGGAGGGCUCGGACGAGUGGGUCCCGGCGAACACGGAGCUGGUGGAGCGCUGUGGCUUCACGGUCAAGGGGCUGCCCACGGGCGAGAAAAUCCUCUUCCGGGUCAUCGGUGUGAACAUCGCCGGGCAGAGCGCCCCGGCCACCAUGGGGCAGCCCGUCACUGUCCGCGAGAUCGUGGAGCAGCCCAAGAUCCGCCUGCCCCGCCAGACCUACAUCAAGAAAGUGGGGGAGCAAAUGAACCUGCUCAUCCCCUUCCAGGGUAAACCACGCCCCAAGGUGACGUGGACGAAGGAUGGGAAGCCCCUGGACCCCAAGGAGGUCAGCAUCCGCACCUCGGACCUGGACACCAUCCUCUUCAUCCGCUCGGCCGCCCGGCACCACUCGGGCCAGUACCAGCUCGCAGCGCAGAUCGAGAACAUGGAGGACCAGGCCACCAUCCAGAUCCGCGUCGUGG